GAGAGAGAGAGAGAGACAUCAAAUAUCAUAAAUCUGUAACUUAAUUUCGGAUUUGAUAUGAAUAGCAAAAAAAAAACUCUGUCUUGAGAGAAUUUAAACGGGAGGUGAACUUUGGAAGGAGCAUGCUGCCAGUGUCCAACAGCCUCCUAGUGUCUGUCACAGUCCUGCUGUAGCUGCCUCCUACCAUGCUACUAUCUCUGGAUUGUCUGGACAUGAAGAUCUGCCUGCUUGUGAUCUUUCUGUUCCUACUGCUGGUGGACUUUCUGAAGCACAGAAACCCACCUGAGUUCCCUCCUGGACCAUGGCCUCUACCUUUCCUGGGAAAUAUCUUCAUUGGGUUUGGCUACCAGGACAUGGACAAGGUUGCUGAACAGUUCGGCAAUAUUUUCAGCCUUCGGUGGGGUGCGGAGAAGGUGGUGUUUGUGUCUGGGUACAAGAUGGUGAAGGAUGUUUUGAUGACUCAGGGAGAUCACUUUUUAGACCGACCUGCAUCUCCUCUCUUUAGUGAUGUUUUCAAAGACUGUGGAAUCUCUGUAAGUAAUGGAUACAGAUGGAGGAGGCAGCGGCAGUUCUCGGUGGCCCACCUAAAACACGUUGGUGAGGGGAAGAGAACCCUGGAGCUUCAUGUGCAGCAGGAGUGUAACUUCCUGUGUCAGGCCUUCCAACAGGAAAUGGGAGGGCCCUUCAACCCCCAAUUCAUAAUUAACAGUGCUGCUGCAAACAUCAUUGGAUUCUUGGUGUUUGGAAAGCGAUUUGACUACAACGCUACAGACUUCCAGAACCGUCUGCGACUGAGCCAGGAGUCCAUGCUAUUGAUAGGCAACCCUCUGGUUCAGCUGUAUGAUGUAUUUCCAUGGCUGUUCAAGCGUUUGCCUGGGCUGCGUUCUGGUCCCCAUGUGACAAUUCUUUCCAACUAUGCAAAGAUUGUGUCAUUCCUGAGAAAAGAAAUAGAGAAACAUAAGAAGGACUGGGAUCCCUUUGAUCACCGGGACUACAUUGACUCCUACAUCGGAGAAAUAGACAAGAGGAAGAGGGACAUCGAGGCUGGGUUCCACUCAGAGAACUUGGUGUACUGCAGUCUGGACUUGUUUGAGGCUGGAACAGAGACCAUGACCAACACUUUACGUUGGGCUCUGCUCUACAUGGUGAAGUACCCUGAUGUUCAGGAGAAUGUCCAGGAGGAGAUCAAAAGUGUGAUUGGCCAGUCUCGCCAGCCCUGCCUUGCUGAUAGGGUGAGCAUGCCCUACACAGACGCUGUGAUCCACGAGACACAGAGAAUGGCCAACAUACUGCCUCUCAAUAUCAGGAUGUCAAGCAAAGAUGCUACCAUGGGGGGAUAUUUCAUACCCAAGGGCACUAAAGUGAUAGUCAACCUCUCCUCAGUGUUACGUGACCAGACAGAAUGGGAGACAGCAGACCACUUCAACCCACAACAUUUCCUAGAUGUGCAUGGUCACUUCCGGAAAAGGGAGGCUUUUUUCCCAUUUUCUGCAGGAAAGAGGGCUUGUCUGGGGCAGUCGCUGGCCUGCAUGGAGCUCUUCCUCUUUUUCACCUCCCUCCUCCAGAGGUUCACCAUCUCUACAUCCCCUGGAGAGGAACCACCAAGCCUGGAGCCCCAGGGAGUGGCCAUCCAGUCCCCUAAACCCUUCACUAUCUGUGCCUCCACAUGGUGAUGGUUCACCACCAUUAUAGUUCCGUUUUGGAAAAGAGGAAUACAUUUUAUUGUCCAUUUUCCUACAGUCCAUAUGGAAAUCUAUCUUUUUGCUUUUAACCCUACCCCCUCCCAAGUCAAACACACCCCUCGAGGGGUUGGAAGCACAGUGUCAGCCAUGGUGCAGCGCCACUGGAGAAGAUUCAGGUCAAGGGCACAACGGCAGAUUGUAUGAUACACUGAAUUACUGAGCACUGUCUGCAUGCUUAACAUAAUGCAGACACAGUAUGAUAUUUACAGUGUCCCCCCUUUCGUAAAGGUCCAAUGCAGCCAUUUUUAUCUCAAUAUCAAAUCAAUUCUGGGUAACAAUUAAGUACCUUACUGUGAUUGUUUUCAAUUAAAAUGGUCAAAAAUAAACAAAAAUAGCUUCUUAGCAAAUAGCAAUUUCGCAAGCAAGAAUUUAGCUGUUAUUGGGAGAGGUUUGGAACUCUUUCUUAUUAGUCUAUUAACUAAUUUACUGAAUGGUGAUGUCACCAUGGAAAGCCAAAACUCUCUCCCACCAAAACAGGUUGAAAUUUCAGGUGGUCUUUUCAAACAGCUCUCACACUAAAAGAGCAUUAUCAGAAUUUUCACAAUAUCAUCCCAACCUAUAUAUACACUGCUCAAAAAAAUAAAGGGAACACUUAAACAACACAAUGUAACUCCAAGUCAAUCACACUUCUGUGAAAUCAAACUGUCCACUUAGGAAGCAACACUGAUUGACAAUAAAUUUCACAUGCUGUUGUGCAAAUGGAAUAGACAACAGGUGGAAAUUAUAGGCAAUUAGCAAGACACCCCCAAUAAAGGAGUGGUUCUGCAGGUGAUAACCACAGACCACUUACUUCUCAGUUCCUAUGCUUCCUGGCUGAUGUUUUGGUCACUUUUGAAUGCUGGCGGUGCUUUCACUCUAGUGGUAGCAUGAGACGGAGUCUGCAACCCACACAAGUGGCUCAGGUAGUGCAGCUCAUCCAGGAUGGCACAUCAAUGCGAGCUGUGGCAAGAAGGUUUGCUGUGUCUGUCAGCGUAGUGUCCAGAGCAUGGAGGCGCUACCAGGAGACAGGCCAGUACAUCAGGAGACGUGGAGGAGGCCGUAGGAGGGAAACAACCCAGCAGCAGAACUGCUACCUACGCAUUUGUGCAAGGAGGAGCAGGAGGAGCACUGCCAGAGCCCUGCAAAAUGACCUCCAGCAGACCACAAAUGUGCAUGUGUCUGCUCAAACGGUCAGAAACAGACUCCGUGAGGGUGGUAUGAGGGCCCGACGUCCACGGGUGGGGGUUGUGCUUACAGCCCAACACCGUGCAGGACGUUUGGCAUUUGCCAGAGAACACCAAGAUUGGUAAAUUCGCCACUGGCGCCCUGUGCUCUUCACAGAUGAAAGCAGGUUCACACUGAGCACGUGACAGAUGUGACAGUCUGGAGACGCAGUGGAGAACGUUCUGCUGCCUGCAACAUCCUCCAGCAUGACCGGUUUGGCGGUGGGUCAGUCAUGGUGUGGGGUGGCAUUUCUUUGGGGGGCCGCACAGCCCUCCCUGUGCUUGCCAGAGGUAGCCUGACUGCCAUCAGGUACCGAUAAUAGAUCCUCAGACCCCUUGUGAGACCAUAUGCUGGUGCGGUUGGCCCUGGGUUCCUCCUAAUGCAAGACAAUGCUAGACCUCAUGUGGCUGGAGUGUGUCAGCAGUUCCUGCAAGAGGAAGGCAUUGAUGCUAUGGACAGGCCCGCCCAUUCCCCAGACCUGACUCCAAUUGAGCACAUCUGGGACAUCGUGUCUCGCUCCAUCCACCAACGCCACGUUGCACCACAGACUGUCCAGGAGUUGGCGGAUGCUUUAGUCCAGGUCUGGGAGGAGAUCCCUCAGGAGACCAUCCAUCACCUCAUCAGGAGCAUGCCCAGGCAUUGUAGGGAGGUCAUUCAGGCACGUGGAGGCCACACACACUACUGAGCCUCAUUUUGACUUGUUUUAAGGACAUUACAUCAAAGUUGGAUCAACCUGUAGUGUGGUUUUCCACUUUAAUUUUGAGUGUGACUCCAAAUCCAGACCUCCAUGGGUUGAUACAUUUGAUUUCCAUUGAUCAUUUUUGUGUGAUUUUGUUGUCAGCACAUUCAACUAUGUAAAGAAAAAAGUAUUUAAUAAGAAUAUUUCAUUCAUUCAGAUCUAGGAUGUGUUAUUUUAGUGUUCCCUUUAUUUUUUUGAGCAGUGUAUAUAAACACAUGGAAAUCACAUUAUUGACUGCACUGGGCCUUUAAUAGUUUAAUUCAGGAGCGCACAUUUCACUGGGAACAGCUUCAAUGUGCCCAUAUUCUGAAAUUACAUUUUUGUCCCCCCAGUUUUAUCAUUGGAAUGUGAUACAAAACGAGGCAACGGUGUGUUUUAGGACCAUGCGGAUGCCUCCGAGCGGUCGGAUAGACUUUUUGGAGUGUUUAUCUGACUGGGUAGAAAAUUUUAAAAAGUUAUGUCCCCCCCACUUCUAAAACCAAAGCUGCGCCCCUGGUUUAAAUAAUUUGUACUUUGAACGUAACCCUUCUAGCAUUUUGAAAAGAUCUAGUCUUAUAGCAUUGUUUGAUUAAAGUCACAAUUCUGUACAACAGAACAAA